GUCCCGCCCCAGUGCUAGCGGGCGCCGAGCGGGAGCCGCGCGGGAGCAGCGCAGCGACGGCGGCGGCAGCGGCGGUGGCGGUUGCGAUUCCGAGCGGUUGAGACGCCUCUGCGGCAGCUGGUGGCGCAGGUGGUUUGCGUGGACGCGGGCAGAGGCGGCAGGCCAGCAACCGCAGCCUCAGCGGCCGCGGCCCCGCCAGGCGCGUCGGGACACCCCAGGCAUCCUCCCCCGCCCGCCGGCUCGGGCGCCUCCGCUCGCGUCCGCCCGCCCGCAUCCCUUCGCCGCCGGCGCCGCCGCAUCUCCUCGCCGUCGCCUGGGCUUCGGACCCCAGCCUCGCCCCCCGGAACAUGACUCGCGAUUUCAAACCCGGAGACCUCAUCUUCGCCAAGAUGAAAGGUUAUCCUCAUUGGCCAGCUCGGGUAGAUGAAGUUCCUGAUGGAGCUGUAAAGCCACCCACAAACAAACUACCCAUUUUCUUUUUUGGAACUCAUGAGACUGCUUUUUUAGGACCAAAGGAUAUAUUUCCUUACUCAGAAAAUAAGGAAAAGUAUGGCAAACCAAAUAAACGAAAAGGUUUUAAUGAAGGUUUAUGGGAGAUUGAUAACAACCCAAAAGUGAAGUUUUCAAGUCAACAGGCAUCAACUAAACAGUCAAAUGCAUCAUCUGAUGUUGAAGUUGAAGAAAAAGAAACUAGUGUUUCAAAGGAAGAUACUGACCAUGAAGAAAAAGCCAGCAAUGAGGAUGUGACUAAAGCAAUUGACAUAACCACCCCAAAAGCUGCCAGAAGAGGGAGAAAGAGAAAGGCAGAAAAACAAGUAGAAACUGAGGAGGCAGGAGUAGUGACAACAGCAACAGCAUCUGUUAAUCUAAAAGUGAGCCCUAAAAGAGGACGACCUGCAGCUACGGAAGUCAAGAUUCCAAAACCAAGAGGCAGACCUAAAAUGGUGAAACAGCCCUGUCCUUCAGAGAGUGACAUGAUUACUGAAGAAGAUAAAAGUAAGAAAAAAGGGCAAGAGGAAAAACAACCUAAAAAGCAGCUUAAAAAGGAUGAAGAGGGCCAGAAGGAAGAAGAUAAACCAAGAAAAGAGCCAGACAAAAAAGAGGGGAAGAAAGAAGUUGAAUCAAAAAGGAAAAAUUUAGUUAAAACAGGGGUUACAUCAACCUCUGAUUCUGAAGAAGAAGGAGAUGAUCAAGAAGGUGAAAAGAAGAGAAAGGGUGGGAGAAACUUUCAAACUGCUCAUAGAAGGAAUAUGCUGAAAGGCCAACAUGAGAAAGAAGCAGCAGAUCGGAAACGCAAGCAAGAGGAACAAAUGGAAACUGAGCAGCAGACUAAAGAUGAAGGAAAGAAGCCAGAAGUUAAGAAAGUGGAGAAGAAGCGAGAAACAUCAAUGGAUUCUCGACUUCAAAGGAUACAUGCUGAGAUUAAAAAUUCACUCAAAAUUGAUAAUCUUGACGUGAACAGAUGCAUUGAGGCCUUGGAUGAACUUGCUUCACUUCAGGUCACAAUGCAACAAGCUCAAAAACACACAGAGAUGAUUACUACCCUGAAAAAAAUACGGCGAUUCAAAGUUAGUCAGGUUAUCAUGGAAAAGUCUACAAUGUUGUAUAACAAGUUUAAGAACAUGUUUUUGGUUGGUGAAGGAGAUUCCGUGAUCACACAAGUGCUGAAUAAAUCUCUUGCUGAACAAAGACAGCAUGAGGAAGCAAAUAAAACCAAAGAUCAAGGGAAGAAAGGGCCAAACAAAAAGCUAGAAAAGGAACAAACAGGUUCAAAGACGCUAAAUGGAGGAUCUGAUGCUCAAGAUAGUAAUCAGCCACAACAUAAUGGAGAUAGCAAUGAAGAAAGCAAAGACAACUACGAGGCCAGCACUAAGAAAAAGCCAUCCAGUGAAGAGAAAGAGACUGAAAUAUCUCUGAAGGAUUCUACACUAGAUAACUAGGUUGACAUACCUGGAAUUAUAGAAAACAUUUGCAAAGUUUGUAAUGGGUUUCAUUUGAAAUAUUUAGACUGCUGAAAGUUUUAAAUUUUUAUAAGUAUAGGUUUUGAUGUUUAAAACUUGUUUUGAGGGAUGAAAAUCCCUUUAUCCUUGUUCGAAAGUAAUUAAACAUUAUUGCUAAUUGUACUUGUGCAGUAUUAACAGCUAUGUUAUACAGUAAAUGUGGAGCAGAAUCCCUAUAAGAGAAUGUUAAACUGCUUUCCCAGACAUGGUUGUAGCAUAUUUUCAGUUUGUGUGUGUGUGUUAAUGUGUAAUUGAUAGUAGAACACAGUUACAUUUUUAAAACUGCAACUUGUAUAAACCUUUCCUCUUUUCCCAAAUACCAUGGGUUUUGUGCAUAUUUUUACAAAUCUUGGAUUUACCAGACUGUCUUUCCACUAUUUGUGGGUUUUGUAGAAGUUAAGCAUUUUUAUGGUAGAUAAAAUGUUACUUCUAAUCUAAGUACUCCCUCCUUUUAUCAAAAGCUAAUUUUAAUCUCAGUCUACAUUGUGCUGCACUAUCCUGCUUCUUUGAAACAAUGUGUGUUCUGUAUGCCUUUUUGUAUGCCAACCUAGAUAAGAUGUUGAACUGACAAUUCUAUGAGGUGUUAACAUGUAAAACUCAUGUUAACUUUUGAAGGUAAUUUACUUUUGUGGCUAGGAAUUCAGGGAAGUCAUAUGACUUCCCUGCAGAGAACAGACUGGGUAUAUAUAGGAAUGAAUCUGGCUUUAGGGUUCAAUCAUCUAAGAUCCUUUACAGGCAUUAGUAACUAAAACUGAAAACUAUAAAUAAGCCUAUUUUUGAGAAAUGUCUCAUUUCUAAGUUUUCUUAAUACUCAUUAAGGAAGUCAUAAGUAUUUUUUUAAUUGGAAAAAAGUCAAUCCGUGAUGCUUAUGCAGUAAAUAUAAGUAAAUGCUAUAUAAGGAAACUAACCUAUUUGAAAACAUGGCUAUAUUGAGGGGAAUUUUUAUUUUCAUUUCUAUAUCAUACAACAUUAGUUGCUCCAGCUUGGUACUUUGAGAUGGUCUGUAUAUUGAUGUAUAUAGACUAAAUCAGGGUGAAACCAAUGUUAACAAAAUUUAAGGGUGUAUUUACUAAAGUAUAAUAUUUCUAAGAUAUUUUAAAUAUUAGGUCAUUUGGUGGUUUUUGAUAGAAAAGGAUACUUCUCAUGUUUUGAAACUGUAUGAGUAUGGGAAAAUAACACUUUGUGUGUAACACUGCAUGGUUUGACAUCUAGGACAACUGUUUUCAUCUAUAGAGUAAAAAUUUGAAUUAUUUCAAUAAUUGGAUUUUUGCUUUCGAGAGGUCCUACAGUGGGACUAGGACCCACUGUUUUGAGAGAACCCCCCUAUAUACCAGUCAUUAUCUGUUUGGUCCUUACUACAGUUUUAACUUGAACAGAUUUCUUCUAGUUAAGCAAGCCAUAAGUGUCAACGUGUAAACUUGUUUCAAUUAAAGAAUUUUUCUAUCAAACUCUACUAGUAAAUUACUUCUUUGCUAUUUAUAAGAGUAAGUGAUGGAAUUAUGGAUUUGCUGCCAACGAAAUAAUUUCUUAUUUAGCUGGACCUAGAGAUUGUGUUGUUUGGGGAGAUAGGUAACUAAACAAUAUGCUCAAUAUGGCAAAAAUAAAGGAAAUGUUAUUUAUCUUUUGUUCACCCUCCUCCCCCCUUUUUCCCUGUGACCCAAGAGAUGUAUAGUUCUACCAAGAAGCCACAGAAUAUUCUGGAGAUAUAAAGCAGCAUUCUAAUAAUUUAUGUCUGCUUGUAUAGGUUGACCUUGCUCUAUAACCACUUGACAUGUUACUUAAAGCACAGUUGCCUCCUCAAUUUGUCAUAGGCUGAUUCACAGAUAACUCUUUAAGAAAAGUCUUAUGAAUGAUUAUCAAGAACUUUUAGGAGCACUGGCUCAACUUAAAUUGUAUAGUUGGUCAAAGACUUCACAGCUGGACAAGCCACUAAGUGAUCAUUUCAAUGAAACAGCCUCCCAAAAAAGUAUGUAUAAACACCACCUAUUUUGUGCUGUUUUUUUUUUCUUUUUAUCUUCAUUGGAUAACAUUUUAAAGAAUAAGUUAUACAUGAACCAGCAGAAUAGAUUGUUGAAGGUUUUUCAGCCACUUGGAAAAAUUUCAGAACCUAAUUAGGACUUUGUGUGUGUGAUCAUUUUAUCAGAGACCUUAAGCCUUAUAAUUGAUAUUAUAUCCAGUGAUUCAAAUAGUACGCCAAUAAAUUUACCCUGUUUUGCUGA